AUGUGUGGUCUGUCCUCCAUCUUGUUGCUGCUCAUCCUGGCGUCUCCCAGCCGUCAAGUCCCGCAGGCGUCCUUGCGCCAUCUUCACGCCAGCUUCGCCGUGCGUCUGUACCGCGCCCUCGCCCACGGACGCCCCCACGCCAACGUGGUCGUGUCCCCCGCCGGUGUGGCCGCCUCGCUGGGCCUGCUGCAGCUGGGCGCCAAGGGGACCACGCUGGCCCAGCUGGAGGACAGCCUGGGCUACGACCUCAACGACGUUGAGGUUCGAGAGCCGCUGUUGCAGUGGCGAUGGCAGGAGAACAACGGGAGCGGUGCGGGGGCGGGGCUACGGCAGACCUGCGUCCUAUUGGUGCAGAGCGGUGUCCACCUGGCAGGUGACUUCCUGCACAACUCUGCUACCUGGGCUCACGUCACCGUCAUGCCUGACAACUUCAGUCUGCUAAAGGACCACGGCAGGCAGACAAGUUUCCUGCGCCCAGAUGAGGCGUGGCCCCUCCAGGCAGGAAGCAGCAGCGGCGAGCCGUCGGGCUCAGGUGAGGGCCAGCAGGGGGCGGAGUCUGUGGCCAGGUGGGGUCCCGGCCUGCAGAUGGCGCUGGUCAACACGGUGGUCUUCAAGGGGGUGUGGCAGAAGCAGUUCUCCUUCAGCAGCACCCUCAACUUACCCUUCGUCCUGGCAGACGGCACCCCCAUCAAAGUACCCAUGAUGCAUCAGGCCACCCAGGUGGGCUUUGGUGAGUUCAGGACGGGGUCAGAGCACAGGUAUGCAGUGUUGGAGCUGCCUUACCUGAGUCCCUACCUGAGCCUCCAGGUGGUGCUGCCACGUGACAAGAAGACGCCGCUGUCCUCGCUGGAGACGCAGCUCAGCGUGGGUCACAUGACCUCCUGGGAGGCGGGCCUGAGAAGGACCAAGAUGGACGUCUUCCUGCCCAGGUUCAACCUCCGCAACAAGUUCAACUUGAGGUGGUCACUUCCUGUCCUGGGCGUCACCCACCUCUUUAGCCCCGCCCACGCCAACUUCUCUGGAAUGUCACAGGACGCCGUCUACGUGUCGGACGCCUUCCAUGACGUCACCAUUCAGGUGACCGAGGACGGCACCAAGGCUGCUGCUGCCACAGCCAUGGUUCUUCUGAAACGCUCCAGAGCUGCAGUCUUCAAGGUGGAUCGUCCCUUCCUGUUCCUACUGAGACACAUGAGAACUGGAUCCAUCUUGUUUAUUGGCAGAGUGAUGAACCCAUCAGAGCUAUGACCUGUUACACGCACACACACGCACACGCAGACACACACACACACACACA